AGGACGCGGUUUUGGUAUAAUUGUCAUUACACUGGAUGUCUCUCCGCGCCUCUCGUUUACUUCGUGCUGGCCUCCUGCCGAGCGCCAACACCCCAGCAGGCAUCACCAACCGACUUCUACUAACAAUGGGCUCUCCUAGGGAGAACAUUUUCUAUCUUAAACCGAUCGACAGCGUGACAGUACCGGGUACUGAGGGGACUUUCACUAUCACCAAUAAUCACUCUCUAGUGAUAUCUCAGUUAUCUCCUGGAGUAAUUACUGUUCGUGAUGGUACUGAUCUCAAAGAUUUCUUCAUUUCCGACGGUUUCGUAUUCUUCAAUCAACCCUCGGACGGCACUGGUUGUUGUCGUGCCGAAAUCUCCGGUGUGGAAUUGGUGCCUAAGGAAGCAUUAGAUAAGGAUAGAGCCGCUCAGUUGUUGUCGGAGGUUCAGUCAGCCGCUAAGGAGACUGAAUGGGACAAGGUCAAGGCCCAGCUUGGUACGAAUCUGCUGAACCAGGUUAUUAAGCAUGCUGACUAGAUGCGACGGUUGAUACCAGCACUACUAGCAUCGUUUUUCUUGAGACAUUUGACGGUUUUCUGUUCCUACUUGUCGGUCUUAACGGUGGGAGAACGGCCUCAAGUAGACGGAGAGGAGUAGAUGGUGAUGAUUGUGUUGUUGAUCUCCUUUGUACGA